UCACGACGCGUCAAACCACCACGAUCGACAUGGCGCACCUCGCCGCCGGUAACGCUUUGUUUGGUGACUUAAAGUCCUCCCAACCGUUCUUUUUAAUGGCAGGACCGAACGUCAUUCAAUCCGAAGAGCACAUCUUCGCCAUGUGUCGAGAGCUGAAGCGCGUCACCGACGAGCUCGACGUGCCGUUCAUCUUCAAGUCGAGCUUCGACAAGGCAAACAGAACGAGCAUCACGUCGUUCCGUGGCCCUGGAAUCGACGACGGUUUACGGAUUCUGCAGGCGGUGAAGACGACGUUCGACGUACCGAUCGUGACGGACAUUCACACCGAGGAGCAGGCGGAACCGGUGAGCGCGGUGGCGGAUGUGAUGCAGAUUCCGGCGUUUUUGUGUCGACAAACGGAUUUGUUGCUCGCAGCCGGGAGGACCGGUCGAGUGAUUAACAUUAAGAAGGGGCAAUUCUGUGCGCCGAGCGUGAUGAGAAAUUCGGCGAAGAAGGUGUUCUCAACCGGAAACGAGAACGUGUUACUAUGCGAGCGUGGGAGCACUUUUGGGUACUCCGAUUUGGUCGUAGACAUGAGAAAUAUUCCAUUGAUGCGCGACGCAGGUUGCCCGAUCGUCGCCGACGUUACGCACUCGCUCCAACAACCAGCGGGCUUGGCGGGCGCGGAUGGCGCGGUGGCUUCGGGCGGCUCGCGCGAGCUCAUCCCAACCAUCGCUCGAUCGUGCGUCGCGGCUGGUGUCGAUGGACUUUUUAUGGAGGUUCACAAUGAUCCGAACUCAUCCCCUGUGGACGGCCCCACGCAGUGGCCUCUUCGUCACUUCCCUGAACUCUUGGCAGAGCUCAAAGCUAUCGCGCUCGCCACGAAGGCGAGAACGGGACACAAUGCACAACUAGACCUGACGCCAAUGAACAUCAUGUAA